CACAUCUUCGUUCUCUCCACCAUACUUUGAACACCAAUUCCUCCAUAAAUACCCUUAUUGGGUGCGUGUGUCUUGCACACUUCCUCAUUAAAUCCAUCAUCGUUAUUAUCUUCUUCCUCAUAAACUCCUUAAUUAGCUCUUCUCUCAUUUCCAUGGCUUCCACCCAAACAUCCCUAAACAACCAAAAAUAUGUCAUCCCCACCAACGAUCUCGAGCAACAGACAAGCCUAGAACUUGAAACCAAAGACUUCGACUACUCGAAACGUUCACAGUGGCUACGUGCUGCCGUUCUAGGUGCAAACGACGGGUUAGUCUCCACCGCGUCGUUGAUGAUGGGUGUUGGAGCAGUCAAGCAGGACAUUAAGGUCAUGAUACUUACCGGGUUCGCCGGAUUAGUAGCCGGUGCUUGUAGCAUGGCCAUAGGAGAGUUUGUGUCUGUAUAUUCGCAACUGGAUAUAGAAGUGGCCCAAAUGAAAAGAGACAAACAAAGGGAGAGUACUAAUGGAGAAGGAGACAUAAUAAAAGAAGAAGAAGAGAAAGAGAGCUUGCCAAAUCCAUUGCAAGCAGCUGCGGCUUCCGCUCUAGCCUUUUCAGUGGGUGCAUUAGUUCCAUUGCUGGCUGCAUCAUUUAUAAAAGAGUACAAAGUGAGGCUGGGAGUGGUGAUUGGGGCUGUGAGCUUGGCUUUGAUGGUUUUUGGUUGGUUAGGUGCUGUGUUAGGGAAAGCUCCUCUUUUAAGGUCGUCUGUGAGGGUUUUGGUCGGAGGUUGGGUAGCCAUGGCUAUAACCUUUGGUUUAACCAAGUUGAUUGGCUCAAGUGGACUGUAACUCCCUCAAGUGGCUACAACCUUUGUCGACUUAAAAUUUUAAUAUUUCUUUAGACUAAUAUAAAUUUUAAAUCUCAAAGUAAUCUUAAAGCUACCCAAAAGUUAAUAAUAAAAAAAGCAUUUGAUAGUAAAACUACCAUGAUGUCCUGAUAAAGAGAAUGGCUAUAUAUAUAUAUAUAUAUAUAUGUCUGUAUAUGUAAAUAAAUAUUCCAGUGAAGGCUUUGCAUAAGUUUCUCUAUAUAUAUCUUUCAUAUGCA